AUGGACUUUGAGAAAGCAUUUGACCAUGUAAAUUGGGAUAUUCUUGAUGAAAUCAUGGCUAAGAUGAAUUUUGGAAACAAAUGGAGGAGUGAAGCUUUAUCCUUCUUGAUCAAGCAAGCUCAAGAAAAUGGUUUAAUUUCUGGUUUUAAGGUGGCUGAAAGUGGUACUGUUGUCAGUCAUUUGCAAUUUGCCGAUGACACUUUAAUCCUUUUAGAUGCAGAUACUGUCCAAGUUGAGAAUAUAAGAAUUCUUCUCUUAUCUUUUGAGCAACUUACAGGCUUAAAAAUUAACUUUGCAAAAAGUGAAAUUUUUGGUGUUGGAUAUUCUGGAGAUAUUGCUCAAUUUUCUUCUAUUCUGGGUUGUUAUCAUGGUGUUUUGCCAACUUAUUAUCCGGGUUUGCCUUUGGGUGAUAAGAGUGGUGGUGUUGCAAAGUGGGAGAUGAUUAUGGAAAGAUUUAUCAAAUACCUUACUGGAUGGAAAAAAGAAACUCUAAAUAGAGCAGGUAAAAUUGCUCUUAUUAAUAGUGUUUUGGCAAGUCUGCCAGUUUACUAUAUGUCUUUGUUUGUUAUGCCAGCUUCUGUGGAUAAAAGUCUUGAACAGAUCAUGAGAAAAUUUUUAUGGAAUGAUAACAAAGUCUCUAGAACCAAAGAUUUAACAGUGGCAGAUGUUUUUGAUGCCAAUGCAGAUGAUUGGAAUUUACUCUUACCAAGAAGAAUGUUACAUGCUGCUAGAUUGGAACUCUCAGGUGAAAUUCUAUGGAACACUACCAGUAAAGGUCAAUUCUCAGUAAAGACAACAUAUGAUACUCUUGCCAAUGAUGAUUUUGAUCCAGCACAUCAACACAUUUUUCAGUUCAUUUGGGGACAAAAUCUUCCACCAAAAAUCUGCUUAUUUCUUUGGACUUUAUCUCAUAUUAGUUUUCCAACCAGAGAUAUGCUUAGGAGAAGGAGAAUUGAAGUCGCUCCAACAUAUUUAUCCUGCAAUCAUCAUGAAACAGUCAAACAUGUUUUUCUUCAUUGCAGCUUUGCAGGCACCAUUUGGAAUCAUUUCAAAGAGAAGAUGAAAUGGAAUUUCACUAUGCCAGAUGACCUUUUCACCAUGUUGCUCUCUUGGGGUAAUUCUCAGCUUCAUGCUCAACAACUUCAAAUAUUGCACAUGAUACCUAUUUCUAUUAUUUGGUGCAUUUGGAAAGAAAGGAAUGCAAGAGCCUUUCAGAGCAAGGAAAGCAAUGCGAUUUCUAUUCAAAAUAGAAUCAAGUACACUUUAUUUACUUGGUGCUUAGUGUUCAAGAAUUUUGAGGAUAAAAGUUUCAAAUAUGUAAUGUCUAGUUGUCCUAGGAUGUACUUUGAUUGA